CGCAUGCGCGGGGUUGGCGGCGGCGCUGGCGGCGGCGGCGGCGGCGGCGGCUGCAGGGCCCGGCGGGGAGCGAGGGUCCGGGAGCGGGCCACCGGACCCCACCAGGAGGCCAGAGCCGGGGGUGGUGAGGUCCUCCUCGCCAGGGCCUCGGCAGCGCGAUGGAGUAAAGGAAGUCGAAUGCAAGUGAAGUCUUCUGCUCCAGUCACUAUGGUACGAGAACGAAAAUGUAUAUUGUGUCAUACUGUAUACAGCUCAAAAAAGGAAAUGGAUGAACAUGUGCGGAGCAUGCUGCAUCACAGAGAACUUGAAAACUUGAAGGGAAGGGACAGUGACCAUGAGUGCCGGGUGUGCCGGGUGACAGUGGUGGGCUUGUCAGCUUAUGCAAAACACAUUUCCAGCCAGUUACACAAGGAUAAUGUUGAUGCUCAGGAAAGAGAAGAAGAUGGAAAAGAAGAAGAGGUGGAAGAAGAAUACUUUGACAAAGAGCUCGUUCAGCUAAUAAAACAAAGGAAUGAACAAAGCCGACAAGAUGAAGCGUCUGUUACUGUUCAAGAAAUAAACUCUGAUGACAGACGACAAUGGCGAAGAGAAGACCGAGGAGCUUACCAAGAGAGAGAUGCUUAUGAUCAACCAUCGUGGCACCAUCGUGUACCUCUUCAGCGGGAUUGGAAGUGGGAAAAGGAUGGCUUCAAUGGUGGUCGGAAAAAUAACUUUCCACAUUCCUUGAGGAAUGGUGGUGGACCAAGAGGACGUUCUGGGUGGCAUAAAGGUGGUCCAGGGGGAUCUUCAAAUUGGUAUCAUAACCACAAUAAUUCUGGAGGUAGUUGGCAUCCAAACAAUGGAACAGUAGAUUGGCAUCAUGGUGGUACAGGAAGGAAUUCCAGCUGGCAUUCUGAAGGAACAGAUGGUUUUUGGCACAUGAACAACAGUAGUGGAAAUUGGCAAUCUAAGGCACGUGGUACAAAUAGUUGGAAUUAUAGUGUCCCUGGAGACAUAUUUCAGCCUGGGAGAAACAGGAAUUCUAACUGCCAAAUUGAUGACAUGACCAUGUUAUGGAACAAGAAAUCUAAUAAAUUAAAUAAGUAUAAUCAAGGGAGAUAUACAUGGCAAAGGCAAGAGAAUAGAGGUCCUACUGAAGAUGAUAAUGAUUACCUAUUGGAUUUUACAAGUGAUAAGCUUCCUUCGGAGGGUUUACUUGACUUCAGCACUUCUGAGCAGCCUGAAAGUCAAACCUCUAAGCAAGCAGAAAUUAUAGCACCUAAGAUGAGUGGAAAGAGUGGUAAUGUAUCAAAGGAUAAAAUACAUCGUUGGACUCCUUACCCCUCCCAGAAAAUUGUGGAACCACAACAACCAGGGUUGAAGGAAGUAACUGCUAAAAAGUCAGAGGUGGUAGAUGAACCUCCUUUUCUUUUUCACCUAAUAACUGCUUGUGGGAAAGAUCUCAAGACUAAUAAUACAGAUAAUUCCACAAAGCUGAAAACACAGAAAGAAACCCAGUUGGGAUCCUUUGAUCACAAGGUCACUUCUAAUCACACUGUUUCCAAUGAGGCAGUGACCACUUGCACAUCUAGAGUAAUACCUGAACAAGAGAACAGUUCACAUAAAAUGCCAUCACUAAAGUCUCCACUCCUUCCAAUCCCAAACACUAGAUCCUCAUCUCAAAAACAAGAUUCAAAGAACCUUCUGAAAAGUACAAAACCUUUGUCUGCAACUUCUGGAGAAUGUCAGAAUCACUCAAAUACACUUAGCUUAGAGGACAACCAAAAUUCCUCUUAUGUAUCUAAACUACGUAGUUCCUGUUCUCGUGUCUUAAAAGGAAAUAAAACUGUGCUUGAUGGAACGCAGAGGGAGCCUGUUGACAAUUUAAGUGAAGUCUUGAAAAAAGCCAAGGAGGUGUUAAAAUGUAGUCAGCCCCUACAAAAUCCACUCCUGAGCAAUGCCAAAAGUAUCAGGAGCUGUGCAUCAGAAAGUAAGAAUGGAGAAGAGUCUGUGAAAAGCUCUUUGAACACUGAGCUUCAAGAAUGUGCACCAGAAGAUAGAGAUGAAGCAGAGCUAUCAGACCUUGAAAAACAUGGUACAAAAGUCGAAGAUCUUGGUCCCUUAAAUCCCAAAGGUUCACCUUGUGGUGCUUUAGAAUGUGAACAUCCUGUGACUGAGAAAGAGAGGGAUGACAAAACUAUUAAAACAACUGAGAAAUGCUCUAUUAAUUCAGAUGGCGCUACAGUCCAACACAAAGAAUCAGAGUUUCAAAUGGAGUCUGCAGCAUCUGCAGCUAGUCCUCAGACAGGCCUAUUGCUAGACUUUAAAACAUCAUUAGAAGAUAUCCAGGUUGAAGAACCUGUUAAAUCAGGUUUGCCUUUUGAAACAGAAAGCUUUGAUAACAGUAACUUGGAUGUUGACCUCCAGAAAGGAGGGACAGGGCAACCUUCAGUCUCUCUGCUUCCUGAACUAAGCAAACUUGGUUUUCCUGCCUCUCUCCAGCGAGAUCUAACCCGGCACAUCAGUUUGAAGAGCAAACCUGGGGCUCAUCUUCCUGAGCCCAAUCUCAAUAAUGCACGCCGCAUUCGAAAUGUUAGUGGGCAUCGAAAAAGUGAGACAGAGAAGGAGUCAGGACUCAAACCCACUCUACGCCAGAUUCUGAAUGCUUCUCGAAGAAAUGUCAACUGGGAACAGGUCAUUCAGCAGGUAACCAAGAAGAAGCAGGAGCUGGGAAAAGGUUUACCCAGAUUUGGCAUAGAGAUGGUACCGCUGGUUCAAAAUGAGCAGGAAGUGUUGGAUUUGGAUGAGGAACCUGACCUGUCCAGUUUAGAAGGUUUCCAGUGGGAAGGUAUUUCCAUUGCUACAUCACCUGCAUUGGCAAGAAAACGCAGUCUUUCUGAGAGCAGUGUGAUCAUGGACAGGACUCCCUCCAUGUACAACUUCUUCACUGAGCAGGCUACAGGAAAGGAAAAUGAACCCCAGCAGAUUGUUUCACCCAGUAAUUCACUGCAGACAACUCAAGGUCAGAAAGCAAAUGUGAACUUUAAACAGGACAUGAUGCCCCUGGCUUCCUCCUCAAGGGCAGGUGAAAAGGUUGAAAGUGUUGCCACUCGAAGGAGGCAUAGUGCCCAGUUGCCCCCUGACCGUAUGAUAUCCUUGGUGCGUUCUGCCAGACAAGAAGAACUGAACAGGCAGGAGAGCUCAACACCCCUUUCUGAGAACCAAAACACUCAGGAAAGUAAUGGAGAAGGGAACUCAUUAUCAUCUAAUGCCUCCUCAGGUCUUGGCAUCUCUAGUUUGGUGGAUGCUGCUACAGACAGCAGUUGUACUUCUGGGACGGAGCAGAAUGAUGGCCAGGGCCUCCGGAAGAAGCGCAGGGCAACUGGAGAUGGAUCUUCACCUGAGCUUCCAAGUCUGGAAAGAAAGAAUAAAAGAAGGAAAAUUAAAGGCAAAAAAGAACGUUCUCAAGUUGACCAACUGCUGAAUAUUUCUUUACGGGAGGAGGAACUGAGCAAAUCCUUGCAAUGUAUGGAUAACAACCUUCUGCAGGCCCGGGCAGCCCUUCAGGCAGCUUUUGUGGAAGUUCAAAGACUCCUUGUGCUGAAACAACAGAUAACGAUGGAGAUGAGUGGCCUAAGGACCCACAGAAUACAGAUUCUACAAGGAUUACAAGAAACUUAUGAACCUCCUGAGCAGACAGAACAGGUCCCCUGCAGCCCUUCCCGUGAGAGAAAGAGCAGAUCUCAGACAGCUGCUGAUCCCCCUCCUCUGCCUAGUCCUUUUUUCCCUCUCUUUCUGGAGACUCCCCCUUCCCAUUUAUCACCAUCUGCCCCUGGAGUGCCACUUCGGGUGUGCACACCUCCUGCUUUCCAGGCUCCUGGGAGUAUCACAUGCCCAGCUCCAGAUUCAUCAGUGCAGAUUAAACAAGAGCCCAUGUCUCCUGAGCAAGAAAAUGUGAAUGCUGUGCUACAGGAUUCUGCCUGCAGUGCUUCUGAGGAAUUGCUACAAACGAAUAGAGAGAUCAGUGGCAACUAUUCAUUGUACCCAAUCAUCGCUGGGACGCUGUCCUUGUCCCACUUAACAGAGAGUUUCCAACAUGCAAGCCAAGAAAUGAAGUCAUCCUUGGAACAAGGUGGUACCAGAAGAGUAGAACAAUCUCAAUUAAUUGGUCCUCUUAUUAUAAAGAAAGAGGGGGAGGUGUCAACCAAAAGUAGCACCAUUGGUGAGCCCUGUAGCAGCUCUUUUUUGAGCCUGACCUUUCCUUCACAUACCCCUUUGGAAAAGGGGCAUCCACUGUUGGUUGAACAGCCAGCAGAAUCUACUCUGACUUCAGUUGAAAACAAAGGAAACAAGAAAAAAAAGAAGCUCAGGAAAAAGAAAACACUGCGAGCGACGCAUGUGCCAGAGAAUAGUGAUACAGAGCAAGAUGUCUUCACGGCCAAACCUGUAAGGAAAGUCAAAGCUGGAAAGAUGACUAAGGGAGGAAAAGUUACAACAUCCACAUCCUUGGGACAGGAAGAUGGGAAAACUGGUCAGGAACAAGAUAGAAAUAGAGAUGAGCCUGACAGUGACUCUUCCUUGGAAGUCCUUGAGAUCCCUAACCCUCAGUUCGAAGUGGUAGCCAUUGAGUCAUCCGAGUCUGGUGAGGAGAAGCCGGAUAGUCCAUGUAAGGAUGAUACCUGGAACUCUACGGAUCAAUCCCUGCUGGAAGCAUCUCGUUCUGGGUGUGAUGAAGUAAGCUCUACCAGUGAAAUUGGAACACAUUAUAAGGAUGGCAUCCCUAGAAGUGUGGCCGAAACUCAGACUUCCAUCUCCUCGAUAAAGGGGUCAAAGAAUUCUUCAGAAAUCUCUUCAGAACCAGGAGAUGAUGAAGAACCCACUGAAGGAAACUUUGAGGGACAUCAAGCUGCAGUGAAUGCUAUUCAGAUUUUUGGGAACUUAUUGUAUACAUGUUCAGCUGAUAAAACAGUUAGAGCCUAUAACUUGGUGACUAGGAAAUGUGUGGGUGUUUUUGAGGGCCAUACCUCCAAAGUGAACUGCCUUGUGAUUACUCAGACCAAUGGAAAGAAUUCAGCACUGUACACUGGUUCCAGUGAUCAUACCAUCCAUUGCUACAAUAUCAAGACUAGAAUGUGUUUGGAGAAGUUACAGCUGGAAGACCGAGUACUCUGCCUUCAUAACCGGUGGCGAAUCCUCUAUGCAGGAUUGGCAAAUGGCACUGUAGUCACCUUCAGCUUAAAGACCAACAAGCAGCUUGAUAUCUUUGAGUGCCAUGGUCCUCGGGCUGUUAGCUGCCUGGCUACAGCUCAGGAGGGCGCCCGAAGACUGCUGGUGGUGGGAUCCUAUGACUGCACCAUCAGCGUUCGAGAUGCUCGGAAUGGACUGCUCCUCCGAACACUGGAGGGCCAUAGCAAAACCAUUCUCUGCAUGAAGGUGGUGAAUGACCUUGUGUUCAGUGGCUCCAGCGACCAGUCUGUCCAUGCCCACAACAUUCAUACUGGUGAGCUGGUACGAAUCUAUAAAGGUCACAACCAUGCAGUGACUGUGGUGAACAUUCUGGGGAAGGUCAUGGUGACUGCCUGCUUGGAUAAGUUUGUUCGGGUCUAUGAAUUACAGUCUCAUGAUCGUUUGCAAGUUUAUGGAGGACACAAGGAUAUGAUAAUGUGUAUGACUAUUCACAAGAGUAUGAUUUAUACUGGCUGUUAUGAUGGUAGCAUCCAGGCUGUAAAGCUAAAUCUGAUGCAGAAUUUUCGCUGUUGGUGGCAUGGUUGCUCACUGAUAUUUGGUGUUGUGGAUCACCUCAAACAGCAUUUGCUAACCGACCACACCAACCCAAACUUUCAAACUCUGAAAUGUCGUUGGAAGAAUUGUGAUGCAUUCUUUACUGCUAGGAAAGGAUCCAAGCAGGAUGCAGCAGGACAUAUUGAACGACAUGCUGAAGAUGACAGCAGAAUUGAUUCAUGAAGUUUUUGCCUCCCACGUUGGGAAGUUGUUUAGUCCUGUUAUUGCCCUUAUCAACCCCAUAUGUGUACCACUCUUCCCAGCGGCCUUCUCGUCUCCUUCCCCUUCCCCCUCCCCCACCUUUAAAGAAAGAAAAGGCAGGAAGAGGAAUAUGAUUAUUUUGCCAGGCUAAAGAUACCAUGAGCCUGUACAGCUCUGUGGGAAUAUGGGUAAAGCCUGAGACUUGUUAUAAAGAGGUAGCAAAUGUUUAAGAACAUGCCCCUGGGGAUGGUGCAGUGCAGAUACACAAAGCCCUUCUGUAAGGGCAGGAUAAUCUGUGCCCAUUAAUGUGCUCCAGGUGUUUCAUAGAUGCAGAAUCUUUGUCAGUCACACUCUUGGCAGAUAAUUUUUUAAAAAAUUUUAAGUUAUUAAAGUGGUUUAAAUGUCAAACCAGAAUAUCUGAUUGUUAGAUGAAAUCAGAUUCUACAGUUACAGAAUUGAGUUUUAGUUUCCUUUCUGCAGGUUACUGCCAGCAAUUUUUACAUUAAAUUGAAGUAAAUAGUUUCCUUUCUUAAUGUAACAUGCUACUUAAUUUUAAUGUUAUUCCUUUGAAAUUGGAUGAAGUUUGUGAUAAGUGGUAAGGACACAGUGCUUGUAGGAGCUGGAGUGGCUCUUCUGCAGAUGACUACUUCUGGGAACUCGGGUUAUAGCAGCUAAACCCUGUUCAUUCAGCAGAAAUAUACUGAUUCAUACUCAAAGCAUUUCUUAGUAUGACUGCUUCUAUGAAUAACAUUGAUCUUUACUAUUGAACGGGAGUACAUCAUACAAAUAUCAUCUAGUAACAGAUGUAAUAGAGGUGAAGCCUUCAUUUAAGCUUAUGGGGUUUUAAAACCUUAAGACUUGAUUCAGAGCUGACUUUCCCCCUGAAAGCAGGUUAGGUUGGCUUGGCCUUCCUCCCAUACUUAGAAAUGAAACUUCCAGCUACUCCCCCCCCAGAUCUAACCAUACUUUAUGUAGACUUUGUGGAGUCACAGUGGAAUACCUGAGCCUACUUGUAGAAAACCAAGUUUCUAGAAUCCAGUGGCUUCCUUCUCACUCUACCAAACAAUGAGAAGAAAAGUACUGUUAGAAGGGAGCAUUCUUCACUUUUUUUUUGAGAGCAACCAUGAGAAAAAAUAACCAAGACUGAUUUUUUUUUUUGCAUUCAUUCUAGGCCAUUUAGAAGUGAAACUGUGGAAGGUGUUUCUUGAUCUUUCUAUCAGAGAAAUGUUGCAUAAAGAGAGGUUGAUAGAAAGGAAAGAAAAGAACCAAUAUGGCUUCAUGAUGUGAAUGUCUCACAAUCUGAGAAGUGCGGGUUUUCCCUUAGUACCUCCACUCUCAUAUAUUUUCCCUUGAACUCUAGGGCAUAAUAAGGAUUUGAGGCUUACAAAUGGCUCCAGAAAUUCCUUCCUUUUCUAUCCCUAGGAGUAAGAUUUAUCUCCCAACUGAAUUGUUGUGUCAUGUUCAGGAAGAAGAAAACAUAUUGUAUGUAGUUUAUGUGUGUCUACUAUUUUGACUGGCAUUUUAAAAAAGUUUUUCUCAUCUCACAUUUCUGUUUCCUUUAAAGGAUGAGAAUUUUGACUGGAGAAUUCAGGCCAGUCUCCUGUGGGUUAUAAUGGGAAUACACUUCUCAGGGGAGUUCAUUUGGAUCUGCUUUGGGGUGGCUAAGUGUUCUUACAUUAGGCCAUCUGUAGAUUGAGCAUUUAGAAACAAAGUCACAAGCCUGAGUGUGCCAGUCUGGCCUGGAUGGCAAAGCAGAUCAAUCAAUAGUCCUUAAAUACUUGUUUAAUUGUUUAACUCUUUUUAAAAUAGAAAGGAAAGUGACCUGGAAAAAUGUCUAAAAAGUCAUGGCUUGGCAGCCCCUGAAGUACUUUCAAAAGCCCUAAUCCUACAGGAAGGUGGCAUAUGGGAUGUUCGAGGAUAUUGGCAGGAGAUUGUCUUAAGAGUUGAAGUAGUUGAAAUGAAGAAGCCUAUGCAGAGUGUCUGCCUUCCUGUGUUGGUGUGUGAUAUGUGUGUGUACCUUUAACAGUUUGCCACAUCUCUCAAAUUUCUCUGGAAGAAUGCUGAAAUUAUUUCAAUUGUAAGAAUGUGCGGAAGUCUUAUUCACAAGCUCAUAGAUAAUGCACUUUUUAGAAAAGAAAAUCUAAUCUUUAAGCAGCUUGACUGGCUGUGGAUGAGUUCUUAUUAGAAAUUCAGGGAGUAAAUGCUCAUAUCUUUUUUUUUUUUAUAAAGUGUUUUAAGAGGCACAGUCAGAUCCUUGCGGCUUUUGUUGUUGUUUUGUUUGUUUUAAUCUUCAAGAAUGAAAAAAUUGACUCUAGCCUUUGAUCUUAUCUUACAGAGGUACAUUGAGCAUAGAGUAUUUGUUGCUUGAAUGUUGGCAAUGGUAUGGAGAAUUGAAUCAGUGCAAGGACAGUUAGAAGUCUCAGUCUAGAAGGGACUCUCCUUGGAAGUUGAGGUUGCAUUACAGAAACCAUUUCUAUAAUGUUAUUUUUGAAUAGCUGUAACUAAUUUGGAGGCCAGAGCCCCAAGGAACUGCUGUGCAUGCGUGUGUGUGUCAGUGUGAGUGUGUGUGUCAGUGUGUGUGUGUGUGUGUGUGUGUGUUUGUGUGUUUGUUUAAAUCAUGUUUGUGCUAGUGCUGCCCCACUUAGAAUUUCAGGCUAGGAUUUAGGCAGGUUCAGAGGAAUACACUUAAACCAAGCAAAUGACAGUAAGGUAGAUCCAAAACAGAGAAAUAUUUAGAUCUGUGAGGUCAUUAGCACAUCCCUGCCUCUGUGUAGAGCGAAGACAACUUCAGUAUACUCCUUAGACCUGGACCAUAGUGGGCUGUUUUGUUUUGCUUUAGACGACCUGUAACUUGUGUGCAGAGAACUUGCUGUGUGAGUUACUGUAAUCCUACUGAGUGAUGUUUUUGUCAGUUAUGCUGUAAACAUCUUUAGUGACUGGACAUAAAUGUGGUUUGAGGUCAGUUUUGCUUUCGGGAGAAAGUGUAACCCAGAUAAAGAAAGGAACUCUCGAUAGGCAGGGGUCCAGGGUGAACAGAAGCAAGCAGGCUCUUGGCUUGCUGAGAUCAUUUGACUUAAAGUCUCUCACCUUUUAACUAUACUCUAGAAGACUAGUAGCCCGGGAGGCUUUCAGGAAAGCACCACCCACAGGUACUGACUGCAAAAGAAUGGUCUUAUUUGUGCCACUCAUUCAUCCCCUACUUCCACCCCUAUUCUCAGGGUCUGAAGAGAAGCAAGUCACCUCACUUGCUUCCUCCUCCUGUCCCAUGGGUUAAAGGCAGUGAGGAUUUACUUGUAGAACUGCCCUCGUGGGCUGUGGGGAGGUCCCCACCUCCAGCUUGCCUUCUCUGACCAGUUAUGCUGGUUUAGCAGAUAGCAAACAGAAGCUAUCCUUGGAGCAGCGAUAGGUUCUAUACUGAGUUUCAUGUACAAACUUGUCUAAGAUACCCCGUAUCAAAAACAGAACUACAGUUUUAACAGCCUUCCCCAAUAUAUAGUCUUUGUAUCACAUGACUUUUCACCAAAUUUCUACAACUUUCUUAGAUCUACUGGGGAUCUCAAAAGCCUUGGCUAAGACUUUAAUCUGCACUAAGGCUUUUGGGACACCCUGUAGAAUACACCAUUUCCUAGUAACACAGUCCAAAUGAUGUUGGAAAAAACUUUUUUUUCUUUCUCCUUAGUAUAUGUACACCAGAGCUAUUUCAGGGUUCUUGGUUUCAGAACAGUUCGUUCAUUUGUUUGUUUAAACACCGUAUGUGGAUUUAGAAGAAUGGAAAUGGGUGAAACAGUUCUGGAAGUAUUUAAUAAGCAAAUACCUUUGCCCCUUUCAUUUUGGUACAAAGCUGUGAACUCCAUGAAACAUUGUAAAGGAAAGAAGUAAAGCAAAUACUGAGAGGAAAAUAAAACUUAAAUACUUUGAAUAA